AUGACGGUGGCCCAACUGAAGGAAGAGCUUCGAGGACGCAAGCUAAAGGUGACGGGCAAUAAGGUCGACUUAGUAACGCGACUGAAGGCGGCUCUGGUCUUGGACGAUCAACAUGAGGAAGGAAACGACGACGACGAGUCCAACGACGAGAGUGACGACGAACAAGAAAGCAUCGGCACUCAUGGCGCCGAACAAGACGAAGCACGUAAACGACCGAGAUAUGUGCCCACUUUCAAAGACGUGGAAGAGUCCAUCGACACGUUCAGCGGAGAUGAUGGUAAAGACGUAAGGACGUGGAUAAAAGAAUUCGAAGAUCUCGCAAAGCUGUGCGAGUGGAACACGGUGCAAGAAACAAUCUACGCAACAAGAUUAUUACGAGGUUCAGCACGACUGUUCGUGAAAUCCGACGGAUGCAGGAAGACGUGGAAACUGAUGAAGAACGCCUUGAAGACGGAAUUUGCAUUGAGGGUGGAUAGCCGAGCGAUACACAAAGAGCUGCAGCGAAGGAAGAAGAGGACCGACGAAUCCUAUCAUGAAUAUUGCUAUAAGAUGACGGAAAUAGCUGCGCGAGCAAAUGUGGAGACAAAAGCGGUCAUUCAAUACAUCAUCGAUGGUAUUGACGACGAAGGGUAUCGUAAGUCUGUGUUAUAUGGCGCUAAAACUAUCCGCGAGUUAAAAGAUAAAUUCGAGAUAUAUGUAGAAAUGCAUGGUAAGAUGAAAUCGAAGUCGAACGAGAAUAAAAAGAAACCGGUUACAAACGUAGAAAAUAAAGACGCGAAGCGAGACGCGAAACGAUGUUACAAUUGUGGUGAUGCUAGUCAUUUGAGCACGGCGUGCCCCUCGAAAGAACAAGGUACGAAGUGUUUCGGGUGUAAUAAGUAUGGGCACAUCGCGGCGAAAUGUCCAGACAAGGCGAAGGCGGAAGUGAAAAAAAGUUGUAAUAUCGUACAAGCCGGCCACGGGAAAUGGCGUAAGAAUGUAGUUGUUAACGACACGACACUAAACGCGGUGAUUGAUUCCGGUGCCGAUCUUAGCUUGAUGUGCGAAAAACAAUAUAAACAGAUCGGAUCGCCGACUCUCGGAAGUAGCACGAUUACAUUUCGAGGAGCGGGAUCAAACGAAAAUACGACAUUAGGAGACGCGCGCUUAAGGAUUUGUAUUGACGGAGAGAUCUACGAUAUCAUUGUACACAUUGUUCGGGACGGAAUAAUUUCACAAGAUAUGCUAAUAGGAACUGAUUUUCUAAAUACGGUUGACGUGCACAUGAUAAGAGGUGUAGGACGUAUUUCUAAAAUCACCGACGAUUCAAAAGAUUUACCGGAGAUUUAUAAAGUCGACAUGGUACAGAAUAACAAGGACGUAGAUCUUUCCCACAUUCAAAACGAAGAUGUUAAAAAAGAGAUAGAAAGUUUAGUCAAGGAAUAUAAACCUGCAAAAAGCAAGGAGACAGAUGUUAAAAUGACGAUAGUUGUAAGCGACGAUACGCCGAUUGCACAGAACGCGCGUAGAUUAUCCGUAGCGGAAAAAACUGAAGUAGAUAGACAGAUUCAUGCGUGGCUCGAGGAGGACAUAAUACAGACAUCAAAUUCAGAUUACGCGAGUCCAAUAGUCUUGGUCAAAAAGAAGAAUGGUGAAACGCGAAUAUGCAUAGAUUACCGAAAGUUGAAUGCGCAGACAGUCAAAAUACGAAGUGUCCUUCCGUUGAUAGAAGAUCAGGUAGACUUUCUGCAAGGCGCAAAGGUGUAUAGUACAUUAGAUCUAAAAAGCGGAUAUUUUCAUGUGCCAGUCGAGGAAGCCAGUC